UUCCAAUUUUUGUCAAGAGAUGUCGUAAAUUCAAAAGUAAAACAUGUUUUUACACCUUAUGCAAUCAAUGAAAAAUAUAAAUUACAUGUAAUUCAUAUACUUUGGAACAAUAAGAAUAUCUAUAAACCCUGAUAUGUUUAAAAACAUUGGAUUUAGAAGAUUUAUAUUUUACAACAAUAACAAAGUACUGACUUCCGAUGCGCAGUAAGAAUGCGCAAUAGCUGUCGCUAAGGUGACAAAAAUAAUUUUUACAAAAUUUGGAGAUAAUUAUUGAAUUUAACACUGGAAAUAACAAAAUGGCUGAUAAUGAAGAGACACCCCCUGUUGAAGCUGAGGGAGACACUGUUGUUCGACAACCACCUGAAGGAGAAUCUAAUAUUCCUGAACCUCCGCCAAAUGUAAAUGAAGAGAAAACAGAUGUACAGGAAGAGAAAAAUGUCAACCCCAAUGCUUUGAACCAAGUCUGGUCUUUUGGACUUAACAAGCAUGUCCCAGUGUUGAAUCUGACAGAUUCAGAGCGAGAUAUGAUAAUGUACUCAUGUGCACACACAGGCAUCCUCUAUGACUUUAAGAACAAUCUACAGCACCUGUUACAAGGACAUUCCAAUGCUAUCUCUGCUACAUGUACUAGUGAAGAUAAACGCUGGCUGGCCACAGCAGACAAAGGAAAAAAUAACAUCAUCAUCAUUUGGGACACAUACACAGGGGUUCCAGUACGGACCAUAUUUGACCCCCAUCCGGAUGGUGGAGUACAAGCUAUUGCUAUGACCCCUAAUGCUAAAUAUAUCGCCACAAUAAGUGCUGCAGAAACUCAGACUGUAGCCAUCUGGGAUUGGACUUCUGAGGAGGAUACUCCAGUUUGUACUGCUCAGCUUCAUACAAACUAUGGCGUUCAGAACUACAUACAUUUCAACCCUGAGGACGUCACACAGGUUGUCACAAAUAGCGACUGCCAGGUCAUUUUCUACUCUUGGAAAGGAGGUGUGAUCCAGUAUUUUGCUCCACCCUUGACUGAUGACGAUUUUAACAAACCUGUUGGAAAGUUCAGCCAGUCGAUAUUCCAAAGUGGGAGUACACGGGCGCUAACCGCAACUGCGUAUGGCAAUUUAGUUGUGUGGGAUGAAAACAAACCCAUGGUGAAAGCUACGCCAGGGUCGACACCUAAUAAGAGGGCACUGAAACUAGUGCGUCUUCAAGAUCGAGCAAUUAAUGUCCUAACCACAACCAGCUCUGGUGAACAAAGAUAUUUGGUAUGUGGUGACACCAAGGGAGAUGUGAAGUUCUUUGACCAAAAUCUAAAGCUUGCGAACUGGUAUCAAGACUUCCAGCUUGGGCCAAUCAGUUCACUUUCAUUUGCUUACAUUCAAGAGGCUCCGGAAGAAACAAAACCUGAUAGUGAUUAUCCGCCUGAUGCCACAAUAAAAGCGAAACAAUUUAUUGUCAAGAAUUUUAUUAUUGGCACAACGACGGCAAUUUGUGCACAUGUGACUACAGAUGGCAGCACCACUGAAGUGAUACACAGAGAACACGAUUCUGCUGUGCACGCUUUAGCAGUACAUCCCGAAGAGACCAAGGUUGUUAUUGGGAGUUACUCUGGACUGCUGCAGAUCUGGGAUUAUGAAACCAAGAGAGUCAUUGCAUCUCGAUACUUUGACAGAGGCCAGAUGAUUCGCUGUUGUGCAUUUGACCCCAAAGCACAAUAUUUGGGUGUUGGUUUCACAAAUGGCAGUGUCAGCAUCCUAGAUGCCCUCACUUUGGAUGAUGACAUUGAAGAACCAUUCCGUUAUGCCAGGGACACAGUCACACAUAUCGCCUUCAGUCAUGACUGCAAAUUUAUGGCAACAGCGGAUGCGGAAUUCACGACAACAUUAUUCCGUGCGGGAGAAGAUCAAGAAGAGGAAUCAUGGGUAUAUGUGGGGCGUAAUCGGGCUCAUUAUAAACUUAUCCAUGAUAUGAUGUUCGGAGUGCAGCUUGAUACCAACGCACCCCGUCUACUAACUCUGGGUCGAGAUAGAGUUUUAGUGGAAUAUGACCUUGAAAACAGUGACAAGGACAAUCUGCGCUUACUCAGCUCAGACAGAAUAGAACAAAGUGCUGUGCCACUCUGUAUGGCUUGGUAUCCUUCAAUUACAAAAGAGAGUUUUAUAAUCACAGGGAACAACCAGUACAAAUUCAAACUUUACAACACAACCACAAAGAUGUGCCGGAAAACUCUAUUAGGACCAACAUAUGGGUCACCCCCACAGAGAGCAGUUGUAAUUCCAUCAGUUGACGAGACUGCAGACACUUUACGCUACAUGGCUUAUAUCACCACAGACAAGAUUGGUUUUGUCAAACUGCCACUAGAUGGAAAUCCACAUAAUUCAAUGGCUAUGAUUGGUCAUCCUGGAGGGAUAUCUAACAUCGUAUGCAGUAAGGAUGGCAAGUAUUUGUUCUCAUCUGGUGGACCAGAUGGCAGCACUCACAUGUGGGAAAUUAACGUCACAGCUUUGGAGGUCCAGGCUCAACUUGGGGGUAAUGACCUUGUGCCAUUCUACGGUCUCCUUGAUGGGGGACGAGAAGGGGAGUUCUUUGCUGAACUGGAGGAUUACUUCUACUAUGCUCAGAUAAGAAGUCAAGGGGUAGACACAACAGAUGGUCGAUCAAUCACAACAAGGAUACCUCUCACUGAAGUUCCAUUUGUGAUGCGAGCACUUGGAUUUUAUCCAUCUGAACAAGAGAUUCAAGACAUGCUGAAUGAAGUGAAAUUCAGUUCAUAUGUGGAGACAGGGAAAUACCAAGAAGAUAUAGAUCUUGGAGGUUUUAUAAAACUAUAUAUCAACCACAGGCCAGCUUUUGGAUUACAACCUGAGAAAAUUAAAUGGGCUUUCGAAACUCUUGGGUUCAACUCUGAAAAUGGUCCAACCAUAGAUAGAGGUGAACUACUAGACAUGUUACAAAGAAAGGGUGAGCACAUGACUGAAUACGAACUUGCGGAAUAUCUCGUUUGUCUGUUGGGAUUCAGUGCGGAAGGUGGGACCAGUGAAAUGAAUGACUUUGACCCUACUGUGGCAGGGGAUAUUAUUGAUGAAAAUCUCCCACAAGAUAUUACUGUGGAUAUGUUCUCAGAUGAAGUACUUGGAUUUUCUAUGUAUAAGGACAGUGAUGUAUCACAAGCGAACUUAACUAAUGGAAUUACAGAAAAGGCACAAGUCCUGACUAUAGACAGCUAAAAUAUACAGCUAAACUGCACAGCUAAAAGCAUACAGCCAUCCUUAAAAUCAAUCUUA